AUGUCCGACCUAAAACAGUGCCCGUUCGAGGUGACGCAUCUGAUCGAGGGCAAAUCGUUCGCAAUGCAUAUCGUCAAGUGCCAACGACAACAUCCGGACAUCAAACUGGCCCGAUGCCAUCUCGACACGUCCCACCUGAUGCGGGAGGAGGAGCUGCAGCAACACAUGAAGACGUGCACGAGCCGUGGCCAGCUGGAUGCGUACAAGUACAGCCUCACGACGGGGGCCGCUAGCCGUGUAUCGAGCCUGCCCGAUCCGGCCGACGAUCUCAUCAUCAACACAACCGAACCGAUCAUACGAAGAGGAGGAGGAGCCGGCGGCGGCGGCGGUCGUGGUCGUGGCCGCGGUGGCACUACCAGCACAACGGUCGGACGGACGUUGCUGGACGAUACCGAGUGUUGGGACGAUUCGGACUGCAAGGCGUACGAUCCGCUGGAAAGCUGCCGAGCGAAAAAGAACGAAAAUGCAGCCUUUAUCACACCGAAGAUAAAUCAGUUUGUGGAGCAACGAACGGCAGCCGCUGUGCUGAAGAACGACAGCGGGACGAAGCGAGAACCAACCUCGGACGAAGAAUUCGGUAGCAGUGCACUGAACGAGCGCCAGAAUGAUCUUGAACAGUUUGGGCUGCGACGAAACGCUUCACACGGCGCGAAUGCUGGAAGAGUUGUCAGUGGCCGGUUUGGCGAAAUGAAGCAAGAACCAGGUAGCUCGGGAAGCAGGGAACGUGAUGAUAGACAUUCCGGAGAGCGGUCCAACUCUCGCAGCGGGUAUGAAGCGGGUGAACGGAACCCGUACAGUAGACGAUCGGAUAUCGGUGGGUAUCACGAUCGAGAGCGGCACGGAUACGAUCGUCGUAGCGAUGGAUAUUCGAACAGAGACCGGUACGACAGUCGGCACCGUAGGGAUGGGUAUGAUUCGGAAUCUAGGAGCUCUCGAGGAUACGGUCGAAAUGACGAUGAUGGUUCCCGCAACCGGGGACAUGGCAACGAUAGGUACCAGCCGUACGGAGGUAGCUCCUAUCGAUCGCACAGAACGAGUGAUUCCACCGAACGAGGUAGUGACUAUUCUGCGAAAUAUCCAAACCACGAACGUGACCAUUAAUUUUAACGAAAAAUCUGAACUGAAAUAAUGCUGUUAGCGGUACGACUUAGCAUAGAACAAUGUACAAUGAAGGAAAUGAAUGGAAUUAUUUUUGCGAAUAAACAUGCAACGGAAAUUGCAAACGCUAUCGUA